GGGGUCUGGCUGCAGGAUGCUGGUUUGUCUCCGCUGGUAACAGGUGAAGAAGAGGACGUCGAUAAAGCCGUUCUGUUGUCGACUCUCACUAAGACUCAAGCAGCGGCGGUUCAGAGACGCAUCGACUCGUACACCUGCUCGCUGCGCAAGAGGAACAAAACACCAGCGCGACACGUCAGAGACGUCUUUGCGUCCCCCAUUGCUCAGUCAGCAGUUCCUGAGACACACAACAGCGAACCUGACACACACAGAAACAUGGAGAGUGUGACAAAGACACAACGAUCAGCUGUCAGUGGUCAGGAGACUCAAGGGCUGCAGAUGGAUGAGAUCUUUAUCACAGACGUGGCAUAUUGUGAACAAGCGGCCAUCUUACUGAAACAAGCCAAACUACCACAGAACAACAGCAGCCAGUGCAGGAGAGACGACGGAGCUCUGCCGGUGAGACUCACUGUUCACACCAUAGCAACACACUAAAAACACCAUAGCAACCGCAUAACAACACACACUGUCCGCCUGUCUACAGUUACACACCAUAGC